UUGAAUGGAUCUGAGCUGCAGCCGGGCUCCCUGCCCCCGCCGAGGGUUCGGCAUCAUGUUGUGCCGGGAGGGUUUUCCUGCGUGGCUCCUCGAAUGGCUCCGUCCCCGCCUGGGGCUGGGGGACAGGCAUGGAUAACUUCGAGUACAGCAUCCAGCUGAACGACCGGGAAUGGGCUGAGUUCUUCCAGGCCUCCGAGGAGUGCAGCCUGGCGCCGGCCUCGCUGGCCACGGCCGAGGAGCAGUGCCUCAGUGACAUUGAGCAAGGGGACGCCUCGGGACGGGACUGUCCCCGCAGCAGCGCCGGGCUGACCGCGGCCAGGCCGGGCAGCGAGCCAGCGGCUGGCACGGGUAGCCCUGCCCCACGUGGGGUGGCCGGUGACACCGCCCCGCGCUGGCCGGAGCGUGGCCACCUCUCCCUGCCGGAGCUGCUGUCGGGCAGCGAGGACGAAGCAGAGCCGGGCUCUGUCGGGAGGAUCCUGUGUGACAGCGACGAGCCCAGGUGCCGGUCACCCGCUGCCAUGCCCAGCGCCCAAAGGAGGCAGCCGCCACGGCCACCCGCGGCCACUCCGGCCGGUGGCACAGCCCAGGGCAGCCCCGGGCAGGACGCGGCGGCGGAAAAAGGAGCGGCCGGAGGCGGCCAGGCCAUGGAGCCCCCCGAGCAGGGAGGGGAUGCAGGAGGGGGACGAGCCCGUGGCAGCGCCCUGGUGGCACAGCCGGCGGUGGUGGCACAGCCGGAGGCUCCAGCAGCCUCUGCCUCCCCGGAGGGACCGGCCGGGAAGGGCUCUGCCAGCGCUGCCCCGUCGGAGCCCGGAGUGCGGGGACCCGCCGGGGACCCCCCGAGCCCGUCACCGGGGACGGUGCCCAGGGUGGCACAGGAGGAGGAGCGGGCGGGCACGGAGCCGAGCUCGCCGGGCGGAUCCCCCAGCGUGGUGAGGCCCAAGGUGCCGGCGCAGCCGAAGAAGAGCCGCAGGCAGCGCGGAGCCAGCGCCACCGAGGGGGACAGGGACCCUGCACCGGGCGCGGCGGGGGCCGGGAAGGCACCCCCGGGCUCGCCGAUGUCCCCUCGGAAGGGCAGAGGGAAGGAGAAGGCGGCCAAGGGAGCGCUGGUGAGGCUGGGCAGCGAGGAGGCUGCGGACAGCAAGCGGUCAGUGCCCGGCCCUGGCGUGGAUGGCGGCGAUCCCGGGACUGCUGCCCCGAAGCAGAGGGGGAAGGAGCCGGGGGCGCAGUCCCCAGGGAAGACAAGGGCCACCAAGCACCCAAAGGCGGCGCAGGCCGGUGGCUCGGGCGUACGUGACAGUGUCCCAGUGGUCCCUGGCGACGGAGCCGCGGCUGUUCCAGGACAGGCGUGCCAGGAGAUGCCAGGGAAGCCUCUCCAGCCCGGGAGCGCGGCAGCCUUUGGAGGGAAUGCUGCUGAGGGGGCUGGGGGUGAGCCUGCAGCUGAGAUCCCUGGAGUUCCUGCUGCUGAGAUCUCCAGAAAACCUGCAGAGAUCCCUGGAAUUCCUGCUGUUGAGAUCUCCAGAAAACCUGCAGAGAUCCCUGGAGUUCCUGCUGUUGAGAUCUCCAGAAAACCUGCAGAGAUCCCUGGAGUUCCUGCUGCUGAGUUCUCCAGAAAACCUGCAGAGAUCCCUGGAGUUCCUGCUGCUGAGAUCUCCAGAAAACCUGCAGAGAUCCCUGGAGUUCCUGCUGUUGAGAUCUCCAGAAAACCUGCAGAGAUCCCUGGAACUCCUGCUGUUGAGAUCCCUGCAAUUCCUGCAGCUGAGGUCUCCAGGAAGCCCUCAGAGAUCCCUGGAGUUCCUGCUGCUGAGACCCCCAGGAAGUCUGCAGCUGAGAUUCCAAGGAAGCCCUCAGAGAUCCCUGCAGUUCCUACAGCUGAGAUUCCAAGGAAGCCCUCAGAGAUCCCUGCAGUCCCUGCAGCUGUGAUUCCCAGGAAACCUGUAGCAAUCCCUUGGGAAGCUGCAGCUGGGAUCCCCAGGAUUCCUCCAGUGGGGAUCCCUUGGGAGCCUGCAGCUGGGACCCCCGGGAGUCCUGCAGUCGACAUCCCCAGGAUCCCCGCAGCUGAGAUCCCCAGGAUUCCGGCCAUUGAGAUCCCGUGCGAGCCCACAGCUGGGAUCCCCCCGAUUCCUGCGGCUGGGAUCCCUUGGGAAGCUGCAGCUGAGACCCCCAGGGAGAUGAGCCCCCUGUGCUUUGCCGAUGGGGCCUCUGCCAGGCCCAGCUCUCUGGAUGUGACCUGGCCCGAGAUGUACGAUUACUUGUUCUGUGAUUCCCAGGAGGAGGAGGAUGAGCUGGGGAGCUCCGUGGAGGGGUGGAAAUCCCCCUUGCAAAGGGAAUUCUGCUGGCCCGAGCUGUACGAGCACUUUUUCAACGAACCAGAAGGAAGCAGGAAAAAAGGCAAAGCUAAAGACAGGAAAAGGAAGAAGUUCAGCAGCUUGGACCACGCUGGGCUGCAAAAGGAGGAUCCCAGCCCGGCUGCAGGCAAGGACACCGUGUUUAUCCCAAUCCCUGACGUGUAUGGACAUUGCUUCCCAGAGAGAGCCCAGAGCAGGAUGGGCUGGAGAGGGAUUUUCUCAAUGGCUCCGGCCUCCGAGGUGAAGAAAGCUGUGGGGGCUCUGAAGUCCCUGCUGCAAAGGCAAAUCCAGCUGGGAGGAGGCCAAGCCCCAGCAUCCCAGGCCCUGGUGCCCAGAGGAUCCGGAGAGAAGCUCGCCCUGGUCCCGCUGGGAGGAGCCCAGGUGUGGCCGGGAGAUGCAGGCACGGCCCUGGCCCUGAGAGGGGCAGCAGAGAACCCCCGGGUGCUGAGCCACAAGGACAUGUGCCUCGUGUUCUGCGCCUUCGCGUCCUGGGCUGUGAAGACAUCUGACCUGCAGGCUCCGGAUGCCUGGAAGACCAUGUUCCUGGCAAGUUUCGGCACCCUCUCAGCCAUCCGCUACUUCCGACGGCAGGUCAGGGAAGGCCACCCCCGGACUUAACCCCGGCCACGCCGGAGCCGCUGCCCGAGGCCGGCGCAGGCAGAGGCUGGGACUUUGUUCUGGACACUGGGAGAAGCCUGGAGCCAGCACCAAGACUUCUGCGGCCCCAUCCGUGGCGGGACAGGAUGGCACAGGGAGCAGGACCUUCCCGGUGACAGGAACUGACGGUAGGACAGGACAGGACAGGGGUGGCUCUGCCCUUCCCUUGCACGCUCCUCGCGCCAUUCCCGGGAAUGCCCAGGGUCUGCUCCAGGGCACUGCUGGUCCCUCCUCCCUGCUGGAGUCUCCUGGUGGCACAGGAAGGAGCUGAGGUGGCAGCGAGAGAAAGCAGGGGAGUGCUUCAUCCCGACAAAAGCUGGGAUAUCCGUGAAGGAGGAAAGGAGGGCUUUGGGAAGAGCUUGGCUAGGCCCGGGCUGGGCGGCAGCUCCAGGGGAUGGAGGGGCCGCUCCCUUGGCAGAGCCCAGCGCUCCCAUGACCGGUUUGAACACUCCAGGAGGGCUCAUCCUCUUGGAUUUCACUCCAAGAAGUCGCAGCUCAGUGCAGCAGCUCUGGGAUAAGGUUUCUGUCGCACGUGGCCACCGCAGCCCUGGCAUCCAGAGGCACGGACGGGUCUGUCCCUGCGGGACACCUGCUGCAGGGACACGUCCCCAUCCCACGGGGGAGGACGGGCAGGGUCACACAGCCAGAACGGGGGGAAAGGGCGGCCAGGGAGGGUCCUGCAGGGGAUGCACAGGGUGGGAAGGGCAGCAGGGAAAGGGCUGAGCUCAGGGAAGUCUCACGGAAGAGGACAGGAGGAUGUUGGAGAGGAGGGAGGAGUGCAUGGACAGGUUUGGCUGUGCCAAUCAGCAGGGAAAGGGUCUGGAUAUUUGAUUUAUUUCCUCGUGUGCCUCCCGUCCUAGAGAGGCAGAGUCUGGCUGGGAGAGAUGUGGGGUGGGGGGAGUGUGGAACCUGUGGGGCUGGGGAAGGGCUCCAGGGGCCCUGGAAUGGAAAGUGGGGGCAAAAACGAGAAGGAAAUGGUUCAGUCUCCCCCCUCUCCCCAGUGCCUCCCUCACCCCUCCAGGACAUUAUCCAGGAGGAUUUUCCUUCCCUCACCAGUCUGGUAACAGCACCAGUGUGGGAUUGAGUGCUCAGGGACCAGACCCACAGAGGCUCUGAGGGCAGCAAUCAGCCCGGAGCUGCAGUGUGGAGCUGCCUGUGAGCUCUGCAGGAACGCUGUGCUGGCGUUUGUCCCAAAAGAGGAGAGGGGAGGUUUCCUUCCUUGUGCUGAGAGUGCCGUGAAACUUCAGUGUGUGUGUAGGGGUGGGCUGGAGGCCGUGGAUUACUGCUGAUAGGAGAGGGCAGUGAGACGUGGGACUGAGAGAUGGAUGUGGCCAGGCUCUGUGUGGGCCAGAGCAGCUGUGCGCCCACUGAGAGCCGUUCUGUGAGGAGGGCAACAGAUGGAAUGUGCUGGAAGCUUCUAAUAAAGCUCUGUCUCAUUUACUA